ACUCUGCACUUACUCGGAUCCUAGCCCUGAUGUCCUAACCUAACCUUAUCAUACUUGAGUACAGAACCGUAUGUAAGAAACGAGGAUUUUUUUGUUGUGUACGGACACCCAUCUUUUCAUCGUUUACCAUGCUGCUGCUGCUGCUUACGGCCUGCAUUACACUCCUGACUUCCGCUCAGGCGUCUUCUAACAUUGCUGGUGCAUGGUAUUAUGGCUGGCAUGCUACUCAAGGAGCCCCGGUAUCCAAUAUCAGUUGGGACAAGUACAACACGAUGUACUAUUCCUUUGCAAUAACGACUUCAUGUGUGAACAAUAUUUCACUAGCAGGAUCAGAUGGCUGGUUACUUCCUGCCUUCGUGUCAGAAGCACAUGCGCAUGGUGUUGAAGCUCACAUUUCCAUCGGAGGUUGGGAUGGUGGCAUCUACUUCUCUUCCGACGUCGCGACGGCGGAGAAUCGCACUGCAUUCGUCAAGACAGUGGUAGACUUUGUUGAAAUGUAUGAUCUAAACGGUGUCAACUUCGACUGGGAGUUUCCAAACGACCAAGGCAUUGGCUGUAAUACUUUCAACUCUGAUGACACUGCGAACUUUCUCUCCUUCCUCCAAGAACUUCGUGAAGACUAUACGGGCUCUCGUAUCACCAUAUCGGCAGCGGUGUUAAGGACACCAUUCCGUGAUUCCGAUGGUAAUCCUUCGACCGAUGUCUCCGGUUUUGCGAAGGUUCUUGACUACAUUGCUAUCAUGAACUAUGAUGUUUGGAGUUCAUGGUCCCCUGUUGUUGGCCCUAAUGCCCCACUCAAUGAUUCUUGUGUAAAUUCGUCGGAGCAGCGAGGCUCAGCCGUUUCAGCAGUGAAGGCCUGGACCAGUGCAGGCAUGCCCAUAGAUAAGAUUGUACUGGGUGUUCCAUCGUACGGACAUUCUUAUAGUGUCAAACCCUCUGAUGCAUUCGUGUCGGGCACGAAGACACUAGCCGCUUACCCUUCUUUUAAUGCAUCUAAUCAGCCCGCAGGUGAUGCGUGGGAUGACACUGGGAGCGCGGAUUCCUGUGGUAUUUACCAUGGACCAGGAGGUAGCUUUAACUUCAGGGGACUGAUCGAUGGUGGAUUCCUCAACUCGAAAGGCACGACUGCCCAGGGUAUCUAUUACCGAUUUGAUUCAUGCAGCCAAACGCCCUACGUUUACAAUGAAACAUCCGAGGUCAUGAUUUCUUAUGACAAUGCAGAGUCGUUCACAGCCAAGGGCACAUUCAUAAAAAAUACUGGGCUGCUGGGGUAUGCUAUGUGGGAGGCAGGUGGGGAUUACAAUCAUAUCCUCAUCGAUGCCAUCAAUAGCGCUAUGUAAACUCGUCCACUGUGUUGUAUAAUAC